AUGAACUCUCAGCCUACAAGGCUCUGGGAUACCGUUGCAGGAUGCUGCAGAGAGGCUGUGAAAUUGCAGUGCGAGAUUAUUAAGGUAAUGAUCAAUUGCAACUAUACAGGAAUUGGAAAGGGCAUGAGGACUGGUGAAGAAACGAUCACCAACCACUUGGAGCAUCGGGGAUUGAACGCCGAUCGUGUACGAUGCAAGGCCAUCACACUAACAAUCAAUCCAAGUGGUUGGGUGGUGAAUGUAUUAAUUAAUAAAAAAGACAUUAAUUCAUUCGGCUCCAGCUCCCAAGCCCCAGUACACGUGAGUGCUCCAGCUCCCAAGCCCCCGUACAGAGAGUGCUCCAGCUCCCAAGCCCCCGUACAGAGAGUGCUCCAGCUCCCAAGCCCCCGUACAGAGAGUGCUCCAGCUCCCAAGCCCCCGUACAGAGAGUGCUCCAGCUCCCAAGCCCCCGUACAGAGAGUGCUCCAGCUCCCAAGCCCCCGUACAGAGAGUGCUCCAGCUCCCAAGCCCCCGUACAGAGAGUGCUCCAGCUCCCAAGCCCCCGUACAGAGAGUGCUCCAGCUCCCAAGCCCCCGUACAGAGAGUGCUCCAGCUCCCAAGCCCCCGUACAGAGAGUGCUCCAGCUCCCAAGCCCCCGUACAGAGAGUGCUCCAGCUCCCAAGCCCCCGUACAGAGAGUGCUCCAGCUCCCAAGCCCCCGUACAGAGAGUGCUCCAGCUCCCAAGCCCCCGUACAGAGAGUGCUCCAGCUCCCAAGCCCCCGUACAGAGAGUGCUCCAGCUCCCAAGCCCCCGUACAGAGAGUGCUCCAGCUCCCAAGCCCCCGUACAGAGAGUGCUCCAGCUCCCAAGCCCCCGUACAGAGAGUGCUCCAGCUCCCAAGCCCCCGUACAGACAGUGCUCCAGCUCCCAAGCCCCCGUACAGAGAGUGCUCCAGCUCCCAAGCCCCCGUACAGAGAGUGCUCCAGCUCCCAAGCCCCCGUACAGAGAGUGCUCCAGCUCCCAAGCCCCCGUACAGACAGUGCUCCAGCUCCCAAGCCCCCGUACAGAGAGUGCUCCAGCUCCCAAGCCCCCGUACAGAGAGUGCUCCAGCUCCCAAGCCCCCGUACAGAGAGUGCUCCAGCUCCCAAGCCCCCGUACAGACAGUGCUCCAGCUCCCAAGCCCCCGUACAGAGAGUGCUCCAGCUCCCAAGCCCCCGUACAGAGAGUGCUCCAGCUCCCAAGCCCCAGUACACGUGAGUGCUCCAGCUCCCAAGCCCCCGUACACGUGAGUGCUCCAGCUCCCAAGCCCCAGUACACGUGA